AAGCGCUCAGAGGUCUUCGAGCGGACAAGGAGCGAGGAAAAGAGCAAGUGAAAAGAGGUGAGCUGAAUCGCGUUUGGACGAGGUUGUAUGCUUUGCGUCCAGCGCUGCGCAGGGACUGAAGAGCGAUACGGUAUGGCAGCGCGUGCGACGCUCUUGGAGAGGAGACAAGCAUUGAGUAGAAGAAGAGCUAGAUUGGAAACUGCACGAAGGGCAAGCGCGGCGGAAGACCGCGCGCUGAGGCGUGCCGGGGAUGAAAUUGAGACUUUAAAGAGGACGAGGGAAGAGCAAAAAGGGGCUCUGUACGAUCGACGAGCCUCACUGCUGCGUUCGCUCGAGAUCAUCUAUCCUAUCGAUCUUCUCUCCGCUUGCGAUCUGCUCUUCAGCAUCUGUCGCAUACCUCUAUCCAACGAUGCAGCUCUCGAAAGCUCUUCCAUCGCUAAGACCACCAAAGAACAGCAGCUGCAGGACGACGAUACUUGUUCCUCCGCUUUGGGCCACGUGGCUCAACUCGUCAUUCUCUUGGCACACUAUUUGAACGUUCCAAACCAUUAUGUCAUCGCUACGGCUGGCAGUAGAGCCGUCAUCAAGGAUCCUAUAAGCGUCAUGACGGGUCCCAGAACCUUCCCGCUCUAUGCAAAAGGAGUGGAGCAUUACAGGUACGAAUAUGCCGUCUUUCUACUCAACAAGGACGUAGAGCAACUGAUGAAUCUGAACAAGAUCACCGUGCUCGAUAUCCGACAUACGCUUGCUAAUCUCAAGAAUCUCUUGGUCACGCUGACGGCGCAGAGGAGUCGGCCUAUUCGCGUGAGUUUAUGCGCCUUCGUUGCUUGUCGACGUACACCAGAUGCCAUUGCGUAUGCUAGGCGCUUGGCAAGACGGUGACGGGCGUGCUUUUCGGUCGCCAGCGAGCAUGUUGACCAUCCCUUUUGUUCGUGCGGGACCUUACAAGAAGGAAAUUGCGUCUCUAUCCGCACUCGCACCCAUCGCUCAC